UGAGGCUAGGGCCGCCGCCAUUUUGAAUGUCUGGUCCCUUCCUUCCUCCGUCGCGCAUAGAGAGAAGAUUCCGGUUGUUUUCUGGUGUCGUUACGGCUGAGGAUGCCAGCUCCGAUCAGACUGCGGGAGCUGAUCCGGACCAUCCGGACGGCUCGGACCCAGGCCGAGGAGCGAGAGAUGAUCCAGAAAGAAUGCGCAGCGAUCCGAUCAUCCUUCAGAGAAGAAGACAACACUUACCGCUGUAGAAACGUUGCAAAGCUGCUGUAUAUGCACAUGUUGGGUUAUCCGGCACAUUUCGGGCAGCUGGAAUGUCUGAAGCUGAUCGCCUCACAGAAGUUCACCGACAAGAGAAUAGGGUACCUGGGGGCCAUGUUGCUGUUGGACGAGAGGCAGGACGUCCAUUUACUAAUGACAAACUGCAUUAAGAACGAUCUAAAUCACAGCACACAGUACGUCCAGGGACUGGCCUUGUGCACCCUGGGCUGUAUGGGAUCGUCAGAAAUGUGUCGCGACCUGGCCGGGGAAGUGGAGAAGCUCCUCAAAACGUCAAAUUCCUACUUGAGGAAAAAGGCAGCGCUGUGUGCGGUUCACGUCAUCCGGAAGGUUCCGGAGUUGAUGGAGAUGUUCCUGCCGGCGACAAAAAACCUGCUGAGCGAGAAGAAUCACGGAGUUCUCCACACGUCUGUCGUUUUACUCACUGAAAUGUGUGAACGAAGUCCCGACAUGCUCACCCACUUCAGAAAGCUGGUUCCUCAACUGGUGCGAAUCCUGAAGAACCUGAUCAUGUCUGGAUACUCUCCUGAGCACGAUGUGUCCGGCAUCAGUGACCCCUUCCUGCAGGUGCGGAUAUUGAGGCUACUGAGAAUUCUGGGAAAGGGCGACGACGACUCUAGUGAAGCUAUGAAUGACAUUCUUGCACAGGUUGCGACAAACACAGAGACGAGUAAAAAUGUAGGCAAUGCGAUCUUGUAUGAAACUGUUCUGACUAUUAUGGACAUCAAAUCAGAGAGUGGAUUAAGGGUAUUAGCUAUUAAUAUCCUGGGACGUUUUCUUCUCAACAAUGACAAAAACAUCAGAUAUGUGGCGCUGACGUCUUUACUGAAAACGGUGCAGACAGACCACAAUGCAGUUCAAAGGCAUCGGAGUACCAUCGUGGACUGUCUGAAAGACCUGGACGUCUCCAUCAAAAGACGUGCGAUGGAGCUGAGUUUUGCCCUGGUCAACGGAAAUAACAUCCGUGGGAUGAUGAAGGAGCUGCUGUAUUUCCUGGACUCAUGCGAUCCGGAGUUCAAAGCCGACUGCGCGUCUGGGGUCUUCCUGGCUGCUGAGAAGUAUGCACCCUCUAAAAGAUGGCACAUAGACACCAUUAUGAGGGUGUUAACAACGGCGGGGAGUUACGUCCGAGACGACUCUGUCCCUAACCUCAUUCAGCUCAUCACCAACAGUGUGGAGAUGCAUGCUUACACCGUGCAGAGACUCUACAAAGCCCUGCUGGACGACAUCUCACAGCAACCUCUGGUGCAGGUGGCGUCCUGGUGCAUAGGAGAGUACGGAGACCUGCUGGUGUCAGGCCAGUGUGAGGAGGAGGAACCCAUUCAAGUUACAGAAGAUGAGGUCUUGGAUGUUUUGGAAGGUCUUCUCGUCUCCAACUUGUCCGCCCCCGUCACCCGAGGUUACUCGCUGACUGCCAUCAUGAAGCUGUCCACUCGUUUCAGCGGUGUGAAUCGAAUAAAGAAAGUGGUGUCUAUAUAUGGCAGCAGCAUAGACGUGGAGUUACAGCAGAGAGCUGUGGAGUACAAUGCGCUUUUCAAGAAAUACGAUCACAUGAGGCCGGCCUUGUUAGAGCGAAUGCCCAUUAUGGAGAAAACGGCUACUAACGGCCCGACGGAGAUCGUACAGACCAACGGAGAGACGGAACCUUCUGUACUGGACACGAAACACCCGCCCAGCAUCGCUCAGACAAAUCAGGCGAAUGAUUUGUUGGACUUGCUCGGAGGUAACGACGUCCCGGUGAUCCAAACGACUCUGCCGACUAAACCCGCCUCAGCCGGCGGAGAGCUGCUCGACCUACUCGGGGAUCUCUCUCUCUCUGGUGGUCCGACCCCUGCCCCUGCUCCUACUGUACCCGUAUCCCAGCCGCCGUUCCUCCUGGACGGUCUCUCCUCACAGCCGCUCUUCAACGACACUGCAGCAGCUAUUCCUCCGAUGACGGCGUACAACAAGAACGGCUUGAAAAUCGAGUUCACCUUCGAGAGGUCCAACCCGAACCCUAACGUUUCGGUCAUCACCAUCCACGCCUCCAACUCCACCGAGGCGGACAUGGCCGAGUUUGUGUUCCAGGCUGCGGUACCAAAGACGUUCCAGCUGCAGCUCCUCUCUCCUAGCAGUAAUAUUAUCCCAGCGCUCAACCAGGGAAGCGUCACGCAAGUCAUCAGGGUUCUUAACCCGCAGAAGCAACAGCUGCGAAUGCGCAUCAAGCUGACGUACAACUACAAAGGCUCUCCCGUUCAGGACAUGGCCGAGGUCAACAACUUCCCCCCUCAGUCCUGGCAGUGAUUGUGCUGUUCACUCGAUCUGUAACACACACACACACACACACACACACACACACACACACACACACGUAUACAUGUGCGCGCAUACACACACACGCAAACCCCAAUCAAGGGAACUGUGAGCUAUGGAGCACCCUUCCUCAUCCCUGACUGGCUCCCUGUGACAUAACUGCACAUCGCUGCCCUGGGGUUGCAUGGGAAAAACAGGGGAAUUUUUCCAACACACACACACACACGAUGGUGUGAAAACCAUGAUUAUGAUGACAAUGAUGAACGCUUUCCCUUUUUUCUGUUUUGUCUGUCUUUCUGCUUCAGAAUUAGCACAUCACUUCUAUUAUCAGCUCGCACACGGGUACUCGGUUUAGUGUACACACACACACCCACACCCUAAGCUGGCCCUGACCCUCUUUCUGUCUGGUCUAUACAUGGCAUAUACCACUCGACGGUCACUCUGGAGAGGAGCUUGUUGGAACGAGCUUUUGAUUUGUCUUGAUUUUCAUGAUUUUUAAUCGUAAUAGGCUUCAUUUUUUUAGAUGAAAGAUUAACAAAAAAUUCAUAGCUUUAGGCACUUUUUUUUUUUUAGGCAUUUCAGAGUCGGUUUAUAUACCGGAGGCAUUUCACGAAGAACAACAAAACUGGCGAGAUGAAACGUUCGAGUCGUCAGCUUUACCUUUCGCGAACGCGCGAUUUCGCCGAUCGGCUAUUCGCUACUCUAUAGUCUUCGUUGCACGUCGUACACCUUUUUGUUUAAACCGCAGUUCGAGUCUGAGGUGGUGGAAAUCUGGGAGGGGGUUGGCUUAUUUGCCCUGCGUUCACACUUGACACACGGCGAAGUCACGGGCCGUCGUUCAUUUCGUACGUACGUGCGCGUGACACGGAGCCGUGAUUUCAACGAGCGACUUUUCCGUGCAAAUUAGGAACGACUCGUUCGCUAAAAUGAUAACACACGCGUGAAUCGUUCCUCGGACCGAUCCUACGACACAGGUGGUCCGACUGUUUCUCCGGUUCGCGACGUCCAAAAAUAGAAGAAGGAAAAUAAAAACACUGGUUUUUCAGCGCAGUUCCAUUUUAUACCAUCAUUAAAUGCGUAUAGAGACGUUAGAGGGGAAAUGAAGCUUGGACGGAGGUAACCGAGAUCGCAGGAGCCUCUACGUGGCUAGUACGAUUAGCUAGCAUUGCUAAUCUGACAGCGUAGCUAGUACAAAGCCAAGCAUGUAAUGUUUUAAAAAACAAAGAAAAAACCUUUCUUUUUUUUUUAAACACAGAUGUUCAUUUGUGUUUGAUUAGUUAGCAUUAGGUAGUUUCUAUAGCUACUACCAUUUCUCAUCGAACGUUAAAAAGAAGAAAAAAAAAAAACUCACUAAAGGCCACGCCCACAGUCGGGAAAACUUUUCACCUGUCCGUGUGAACGUAGGUUUGUUUGUAUAGAUCAAUUCUUUCACAGCGUAAACGUUAGACACACAUUGGUGGGGUUUUUUUUUUUUGGUUUGUGUGUGUGUUUGUUUUUUUCAUGAAGUCGGAAUUCCCCGCGUCUCUGUUUAGUAUUUUGUCGCGAUACAAAGACGCCGUUUGACAAAAAGUCGUCGCUUAAACAUCAGUGCAAUUCGGAGACGGGUUGAAAUUUGACACUGUAUACGAGGUCCAUCAUGAAUGUAGUUGCAUGCACUGAAUUAAUACGUUUAUUAUUAUUUUUUUUUUUGAAGUGAAAAAAACAAAACAAAACCCUGUCGCCUGACUUUAAAGCAUCGUGCCUUUUUCGCCAUAAUGGUUAACGCCGGACCGAUUGAUUGGCUGCUUUCUGUUGGAGGAGCGUUUAUUUCAUUCGUGGCGGAUCUCCAGGAUGUGACGUAGGUGUGUAAGUCUGCGUGUGAGGUCUGAGGUGUGAACUUUCCCCCUGACUAUCUCCUGUUUUUCAGAAAAACAUUGGAAGCAGUAACUGAAAUACCUCGUGUUUGUUUUAAUUUUUUUUUCUUUAGGAUCAAAACAGUAUAUCAAGGCAUUUUUGAGUGAUGGGGGGGGGGGGACUUCUGUGUCCUUUCAAACACGUCACUAACAAAUCUCAGUCUUCACUUACUUACUUACACACACUGACCAGGUAGAUUUUUAGUUCAGUGACCAAAUCAGAGCUUAUGUGUAUAUGGUGAAGAAGAAAGGGGGGGAAAAAAGAGUCAGUGUGCGUUGUUACUUGAUUUUUUUUUAUUUUAUUUUUUUUCCCUCCACCUUUCUUCCUUCUCUCGUGAUGUCUUGGGACUUUUUUUUCUGUACAUAUUGAGGGCUUUUAAGAUGCAUCUAUCCUUUUCACCUUUUUGUUUCUCUUUUUUUUCUUUUUAAACAUAUUGACCCCUUUUUCUAAUCUAAAAUCCUACGCAGUGAUCAGUCUAAUUUAAUAACGUCCCUGUUUGAUUGUUUAUUCAGAAGAAAAUGUAUUAUCUGCUGCCUGUAUAUUGUAUAUAACUUGUAAAAGAUGACGGUGGGGGGGGGGGAAUCAAAAAUCGAAUAAACUCCAAUUUGAAGACGUGCGGAGAUUAGUUAGGGGGCUGUACUUGUAUACAAGUGUAAAGAAUCAAAGUGCAUUUCUUUUUCCUUUUGUUUUCUUUUCUGUUUGAUUUGCUAAUCACGUAGAUAGUGGUCAGAAUGUCGGUGGUUUGAUGCACUACUGAAAUGAGGUUUCGCAAUAUGAUGAAGGGACGGAUGAUGAUGAUGAUGAUGAUGCAUGCGCCGCAUCACCACCCUAACCCUCCUCACGCUUAGCUUUCUAUCAACGAAUCACCUUCAGGUCACUGUUGGCAUCGUCAUUACUUUUACAUGACUAGGAAACGACCAUUUCGCUCACAUGUCCAUAUAAUAUAUAUUAUAUUUUAUUUUCCCGUAAGUUCACCUCAGUGAAAGAUGCGCACUGAUUUUUUUCACGUUGGAGAGAGAUGAUUAACACCACACACAUUUCUGAUUGUUCUGCUCAUUCUCUGAGAUGCGGGUCUUCGAGUACCGGACCGAUCGAAGCUGUUACUGUGUCUUAAAUGUUUCUCUCCAUCCAUUUACUCGAUGAGGUGUAUGACUAAAAGGGGACUGGAGAACAAAAAGAAGGCGAGGAGGAAUACAAUCAGGCCCUAUGCUGCUUUUUAGGCUUGUUCUAUUCACUUAGCUCAAGUGUGUGUGUGUGUGUGUGUGUGUGUUGCCGGAGAGGAGGAUCCGAGACUGAGCGAGUUGCCUUCCUGCACCUUUUCCUAACACCCCUCCCCCCCGUCUGUUAAACAUCUUUUUUUUUUGUGUGUUGUUUCGGCUGCAAUGUUUUUUUUUUUUUUUUUUUUUUUCCCGACUGCAUGUGGAAAAACCCUGAUUGUAAAUAUUUGUCAUUUUUACUCUUUCUGUAAAAAAAAAAAAGAAAAGAAGAAAAGAAACGAAAAGAAGAACUUCCUGACGAUGCAAGAGAAGAUGCGGUUCUUUAAAGUUUCCCCCACAUCCAUCAUGUGUACCUUCUUUGGAGAAUUGUGUAACGGAAUUAAAACACCACGCGCGGCGUUUCACCCCGUUUGAAAGAGUCGUAUAUCGCACACUUGGACGAUUCUCUCCUCCAUCCGUAUCCCCUGUUCGUUUAAAUAAAUAAAUCAAUAAUUUUUGGACUUUGAUCUUUACGGGGGCUUCUUUUUACGCUUGCGGUCCAUCACGUUGUCCAAGUGUGUAGAGGAUGAUGAGGCUGGUGGUGGUGGUGGUGGUGGUGGUGAUGAGGAGGAUGAUGAUGGGAGGGCUUGGGUGUACUUCAUACGUGCUGACGUUUUUUUUUGUUUUGUUCGUUUCCCCUCAUCGAUAAGUUUGACAUGCUGAACUGAAUCAGUGUCCCGUGUCUUCAAGGAGUGAGUGAGUGAGCGAGCGAGCGAGUGCUGGACUGAAAAUAAUUCAUGAUGAUGAAUGAAAAACUUGUAAUCUACUACAAUGGGAUAUUUUAGACUUAUGCUGUGUAUAAUUGUCU